UCCGCCUCCGCCGGUUGGCGCGAGCGCGCUCGUGUGCGCGCGUACGCGGAGCGGCGAGGCUGCUGCGCCUUUUCUCCCUGCGAGCGCCAAGCGAAAGCACGUGAUGACGAGGUGAAGGCAAGCCGGCGGCGUCGCUCGGCGGGCGGUCAUGGCCGACCCCGAGCGCUCGGACCUGAUCGCCAGGCACUACAACUACACGGGCAAGCUGCGUCGGCGGGACGACGGCGCCUCGGCCCUGAAGGCCGACUCGGCCGUCUUCCUGGGCGUGUGCUGCCUGAUCGUGCUGGAGAACCUGCUGGUGCUGGCCACCAUCUGGAGGACCAAGAAGUUCCACAGGCCGAUGUUCUACUUCCUGGGCAACCUGGCGCUGUCGGACCUCCUGGCGGGCGCGGCCUACGCCGCCAACAUCCUGCUGUCGGGCGCCAACACCUACAGGCUGACGCCCACCCAGUGGUUCCUGCGCGAGGGCUCCGUCUUCGUGGCGCUGGCGGCGUCCGUCUUCAGCCUGCUGGCCAUCGCCGUGGAGCGCCACCUCACCAUGCUGAAGAUGAAGGUGGGCGACGGCGGGCGCGCCGGCCGCGUCUUCCCGCUCCUCAGCGCCGUGUGGAUGGUGGCGGCCCUGCUGGGCGGCCUGCCGCUGAUGGGCUGGAACUGCAUCGGCCGGCUGGAGCGCUGCUCCACCGUGCUGCCGCUCUACCACAAGACCUACAUCCUCUUCUGCACCAGCGUCUUCAGCGUCAUCCUGAUGGCCAUCGUGGCGCUCUACGCCCGCAUCUACGCCCUGGUGCGCGGCCGCAGCCGCCGGCUGCUCUCGCGCGGGCCGCCCGCCGGCGCCGGCGCCGCCAAGAGCUGCGAGCGCUCCAUGGCGCUGCUGCGGACGGUGGUGGUGGUGCUGAGCUGCUUCAUCGCCUGCUGGGCGCCGCUCUUCGUGCUGCUGCUGCUGGACGCCGGCUGCCGGGCGCACGGCUGCGCCGUCCUCUACCGGGCCGAGUGGUUCCUGGCGCUGGCCGUCCUCAACUCGGCCACCAACCCGCUCAUCUACACGCUGACCAGCGACGAGAUGCGCCGCGCCUUCCUCCAGAUGCUGCUGUGCGACCGCGCCCGCCCGCGCGCCGAUCGGCUCGGCGCUCGACGUCUUCGAGGUCUGCGGUCGCGAGCGCCACAGAUCGAGGGAAACGCGGCUCGUUUCAAAUGCGUCGAGAUGCCGCAAAGACCAAAAGACGUAUCGAGUGAUACAUACGCCUUCCUCCUGGCGAAAGCCGUCAAGGGCGCCGGCCUCCAUCGACGCCCGCUCUCAGGCUGA